GCACGUGCGAGGGGAGAGAAAGACAAAUAGCUCCGAAAUUUCCCCAUUCUCGUUCGGCCCCCUCAUCCAUCUCCAGUCGAUUGUGGCCGGCGGCGCAGCGGCAGCCAGGCCCCGGUGACCAACCCAAUCCCAAGCUGGCAUAUCCGCCGCCCCUCCUCAACAUCCUCUUCCUCCUGGUGAUUGGGUUGGGCACCCCACAUACGAGGGCAGGGGAGACGACACGUGCGGUCCCUUAUGGCCGCCGAGAAAGGGCGGCGCAACGGUGGCUGAGGCCAAUACUGGUGAACACGGCCGGCGAGAGAAGCUCGCGUUCGGGGAGGAAGAGCUGGUGGUGCUUCUUCCGGUCUGCCACAGAAGGUCGAUUUCUCUCACCAUUCCUUCGUAUUUUUCCUUGAUGCGUUGUGGACUUGUGGUGUAUGUUUGGAUAGAGCUGCAACGGGCAGAGGAUUUAACGAAUCAGGCUGCGUGAUCUCAUUUUUUAGUGCUCCUGCUUACCGUUAAGAUCUGAGACGGGUGGCAGGGCUGGGAGGUGUCAGCGAGAGAGCGUCGGCGGCGUGGUGCUGCGUCCGAACCGUACCGCACUUCUGUCGAUUUCUUUGCUGAUGUAACUAUUCCUACUGAAGCUAAAAAAAAACUAUUUUUUUCUGGAUGGAAGUUUUGUAGCUUACUUUACAUCAAGAAUGGUUGAAUGAUGGAUGUCUGUAAAGUGAAACACUAUAUUAUUUUGCGUGUACUACUGAGAUAUAAUUUACAGGAAAACAAAGAGGAGGUAGAUUCAUUUAGAUGUGCUUUUAUGUUGAGAUUGAACUUGUUCUAUUUUUUCGGGCAUGAACUUUUGGUGGAAAGAAAAAGGUGCACGAAGGACCCAAGGCGUAGGACUGGGAUACGUAGUGCUUCGGUUCUGCUUAUCGUGCCUUUCAAGUGACGACAAAGUAGGGAGGCAAAAUACUGCUACUCGGGAGAAAUACCGGAUAAGCAAGUGGGAACAUGACUUUUCUAUUUUUGGAUCGCGGGUGGCAUGCUUCCUUCUGUUUUGGAGAGGGGCACCGCGGAAGUCUAAAACGUGCCCGCGCACUCUGUAGCAAUGCCCUUAAGAGACAACAACAUUAUCAAUAUCGGUGGCAAGUGGCAACAUGCGGCUCUACCCAGCUACCCCAAUGAUGCACUCACGACUGUGACGCCAAGGUGGGUCCCAAAAGAAUAGUGCUAAAGCCAACAGACACGGCUCUGAGCGCACAGGAAUCCUGGGGCCACAAGGCCUAGCCUUGCCAGUGCCCCCACAGCCAGACCAUCCCGCACCUCUCGUUCUUGUUCAACAUCUUCUCCAAACUGGAGGAAGCAGCCCGCGCAAUGGAGGCGCAGAUGGCGGCAAACCUGGCACGCAUCUUCAACAAGCUACUGCGCCGGAAGCACUCCAACUCUGCGGCUGCUGGGGCCAGAGAGAGACGGAGGCGCCGACGGGCGGCGCAGGGACGACUACGGCAGCUCCAUGGACGCCAAGACCACAACCGCCGCCGCCAUCAUGCGAUCACUGAGCAAGCUCAAGCUGCCGGGAACCUCGCCGACGCUCUCUUCCCGCCAACGCGGAGAAGAAGGUCCCCGGGGUGGUUGCCGCUCGACUCGCCGGAUGCGGCCCGCGGACUCCCUCCUCGCCAACCUGUUCACAGGCGCCUCGGCUGUUAAGGCGCCCUACGCGCAGCUCAAGGACCCUGCCGGCGGGUCCAAGGACGCGACGGCCGUGGGCAACACCGCCCUCUCCGCGCACACGGAGGAAUCGGGCCAGCCGCGCGCGCGUGGCGACUCCUCCUACCGCCGGCUGGCGUCCAAGAAGUUGAUCUACAUUGAGCUGGACCUGCUUCGUGCGUCGGUGGAGGUGCUGGGCAAGGGCGCGUUUAGGAUGGUGACAUGGUGUACAUGGCAGGAUGGGGAGCGGCGCCGGGUGCCCGAAAGCCGGAGAGCCGGAUUCCGUCGCAAUCGUCGCCUUGCAGCAAGUGGCCUACUACUCCGGCAAGGACCAGAAGCUCCUCGCUCCGCCGCGGCAGUUGCAGUUGCAUCAUUAAUUCUAGUACGGUAGUGUUUUUUACUGUCGAUCGUGUAGUUGCUCCGAUUCCCUGAACUUUUUUUUGACUGUCGCUGCAUCGUCGCCAUCAGGACGAAUACAGGGUGGUGCCGGCUUCUGUUUUGGUCUUUACUCUGUUUAGUUUGCCACCAGCCAGUGGUACACAUUUGUGUUCAUGUUUCGUCUUAACUAGCUGAGGAUUUCCUGGAGUAUUUAGAUUUUUGGUUGCA